AGUCUAUUUCUCAUAUGUCUACGACUAGUGGAGGAUCAUAUAUAUACAUAUUCAUUUAUUUUAUUAAUUAAGUAGAACUUAUUUUAGAAUCUGACAAUACUCCUAUUAAAAUAUCGUGGUCAUAAAACAGUGGUAUAAAAUAAGCGUUUUGCAAAUUUUCGUGGACAUCAUUUGGUGGUGGUUACAUGUAUUUUCGUCUGGCUUGAUGCGAGUAAAAAAUGUAUGUUGAAAUGACUGGACGUCCAACAAAUCAACAGUCUCAGCAGCAGCCUAGCCAGCAGAAGCUAGCAGAGAAACUGAUGAUAUUGAACGAUCGAGGUCAUGGAAUGCUCACGCGUAUUUAUAAUAUCAAGAAGGCUUGUGGAGAUGCCAAGUCAAAGCCGGGUUUUCUUAGUGACAAGAGUCUUGAGUCCUCUAUCAAGACGAUUGUACGCAAGUUCCCAAAUAUAGACGUCAAGGGACUUACAAGUAUUAGUAAUUUGCGCAACGAGAUUAUAAAAUCGCUAUCGCUUUAUUAUUAUACAUUUGUUGACCUGCUUGAUUUCCGCGAUAACGUGUGUGAGCUGCUGACGAGCAUGGAUGCGGUGGGCGUCCAUCUCGAUAUUGCAGUGAAUUUUGAACUGACCAAACAUUAUCUUGAUCUGGUGUCGAAUUACGUUAGUUUGAUGGUACUGUUGUCUCGAGUUGAAGACCGCAAGGCUGUGCUAGGGCUCUUUAACGCUGCCCAUGAGCUUGUUCACGGCCAGUCAGAUCCGAGCUUUCCCCGACUUGGCCAACUGAUAGUCGAAUACGAUGUGCCACUACGUCGACUUGCUGAGGAGUUUGUACCUCAUGGUAGACUUCUAAGGGCAGGCCUGCUCUCGCUCUGGGCUAUCUACCCAGGUCGCAAUGCUUCAGCUGAUACCUGGAGGACAGACCAACGAUUAAGCCUAGUUGGCAGCCCAAGUCAAUUGCUGAAGGCUGCUGUAACUGACACUAUGUCUUGUGAGUGCCUCAGUAUAGAGCGCCUUGAACAGUGGAUAAUAUUUGGGUUUUCGCUGUGUCAUGGAUUACUUACCCAAGAUCAACCAAGUAAACUCUGGACAAGUGCGCUUGAAUCUCGCUGGGUGCUCGCUCUCUUCCGUGAUGAGUGCAUUUACAUUCACCACUACUUGCAAACUUUUUUUGAGGGUAUCAAGGGUUGUGGCAAACGUGUUUCUGAGCUGAAAGAGUGUUACACCCAAGCUUUACAUAAGGCUAGCUACAAGCACCGUGAACGCCGGAAAUUUCUAAGAACAGCACUUAAAGAGUUGGGCCUUAUACUCACUGAUCAGCCAGGUCUACUUGGGCCCAAAGUUCUUCUUGUCCUUAUGGGCCUUAGCCAUGCUCGUGACGAAAUUUUCUGGUUGCUUAGGCAUGCUGAUAAUCCCCCUGUGCAGGGCAAAGCUAAGGGGCGUGGUGGUGAAGACCUUGUAGAUAGGCAGCUGCCUGAGUUACUCUUCCAUUGUGAGGAACUAAGGGCUCUUGUCAAAAAAUAUUCUCAAGUACUUCAACGAUACUACGUUCAGUAUUUGUCUGGUUUUGAUGCUCCAGCAAUGCAUCAAAUUAUUCAAAAUCUACCCGUUUGCCCUGAGGAAGAAGGUGCAAUAUUAAGUGAUAUGUGCUCAACCAUAGCAAGUCUAACAGUCAAACAAGUUGAGGACAACGAACUCUUUGACUUUCGAGCAUUCAGACUUGACUGGUUUAGAAUACAAGCUUAUCUAUCAGUUGGGAAAAGUAGCUUUAAGCUAGCUGAUAACAGAGAACUGGCAUCUUUUAUGGAUACCACUAUUUUCCAUACUAAAAUGGUUGACAGCCUCGAUAAUGUUCUAGUCGAGACAUCUGAUCUUUCUAUCUUUUGCUUUUACAGCAAAAUUUUUGAGGAUCAGUUUCACAUGUGUCUCGAAUUUCCAGCUCAGAAUCGUUACAUCGUUGGUUUUCCUUUGAUCUGCAGCCACUUUCAAAGUUGCACUCAUGAACUCUGUCCAGAGGAACGCCACCAUAUACGAGAGCGUAGCUUGUCGGUCGUCAAUAUGUACCUUGAUGAAAUGGCAAAGGAAGCCAAAAACAUUAUCACGACGAUAUGCGAUAAACAGUGCAACAUGAGCGACAAACUUUUGCCAAAGCAUUGCGCUCUACUUAUCUCGCAAGUCGUUAAUAGGAAAAAGAAAGACAAAAACAAAAAAAAUUUUGAAAUACAAAAGCCAGGCUUUGAGAGUUACCGCAAAACCAGAGAGGAGCUCACUACCAUGGACAAGUUGCACAUGGCCUUGACAGAGCUCUGUUACGCGAUUAAUUACUGUCCCACUAUCAACGUAUGGGAGUACACAUUUGCUCCAAGGGAGUACCUGCACCAACAUCUUGAAACACGAUUUGCUAGAGCACUUGUGGGCAUGGUCAUGUUUGAUCCUGAUUCCAAUGUCAUUGCUAAGCCAUCUGAGCUCCUCGUAAGCGUGCGUGCGUACAUGAACGUGCUACAGACUGUCGAGAACUAUGUACACUUAGACAUAACCCGUGUUUUCAACAAUGGACUCCUCCAACAAACCCAAGCCCUUGACAGCCAUGGAGAGAAAACGAUUGCUGCUAUUUAUACACAGUGGUAUUCAGAGAUUCUAUUAAGGCGCGUCAGUGCUGGCAACAUCUGCUACUCACCCAAUCAGCACUCUUUUGUCAGCCUUUCAGUUGAAGGUUCGAUUCCGUUCAAUGCUGAAGAGUUCUCUGACUUGAAUGAGCUACGCGCACUUGCUGAGCUGAUAGGUCCCUAUGGUAUGAAAAUGCUUAACGAGACCCUCAUGUGGCAUAUAUCGAGUCAAGUGCAGGAGCUUAAGAAACUUGUGGCUAGCAACAAAGACAUUCUUAUCUCUCUCAGAACCAAUUUUGACAAGCCUGAAGUUAUGAGAGAACAGUUUAAAAAGCUUCAGCACGUCGACAACGUCCUACAACGAGUCACUAUCAUUGGGGUAAUUUUGAGUUUCCGGCAACUCGCUCAAAACGCUCUUGUAAGCGUACUUGAAGAGAGAAUUCCCUUUCUGUUAAGUUCCAUUUUAGAUUUCCGACAUCAUCUACCUGCAGGGGAUCCGAUGCGCGUUAUCUCAGAGAUGACAUCAGCUGCCGGACUAAGUUGUAAGGUUGAUCCGACACUUACUUCAGCUCUUAAAAGCCAAAAAGCUGAGGUUGAUGAGGACGAACACGUGUUUGUUUGUUUACUCAUGGUUUUUGUUGCAGUCUCGAUUCCAAAACUUGCACGUAACGAAAACUCUUUUUACAGAGCAUCACUUGAAGGUCAUUCUAAUAAUAUUCACUGCAUAGCCACAGCUGUUAACAACAUAUUUGGUGCUCUUUUCACUAUUUGUGGUCAAAAUGACAUUGAAGAUAGGAUGAAAGAAUUUUUGGCAUUGGCUUCCUCAAGCUUGCUAAGGCUCGGUCAAGAGAAUGACAAGGAAGCUACACGGAACCGCGAGUCAGUCUACCUCUUACUUGACCAAAUUGUUCAAGAGUCACCGUUUCUCACAAUGGACCUAUUAGAGAGCUGCUUCCCCUACGCUCUUAUCCGUAAUGCCUACCAUGAUGUAUAUAAGUUGGGAUAUGCUCAAGUCUAAAAUACAUGCAUACAGAAGUGCAGUUAUCUCGCAGUGAAGAUGUGAAUCCUCUCAGACGUUCUUGUUAACGGUGCCACUGUCGUUAAAAUAUAUAUAUAUAAACUGAUAUACCUAUGUAUAAGUAUAUAUUAUACAAGGAACCAUUUGUAGUAAAUUUUGUUUUUCAACAUUUAUGAAAACUUGUGAGGAUAAUAUAUAGGCUAUACUGAUGUACCACAUCAGGUGAUCAGAAAAUCCCAACAAGAAAAAGUAGAACCUUUCAAAUAGAAAUUGGUUGUUGAGUCAAGCAGAUUAAGUGUGGCAUUGUUAAUAACAAUAUUAAAAUAAUAGUGACAAUACUAAUAAUAAUAAUAAUAAUAAUAAUUAAAAUGCUAAUGAAAUGUUUUAAUAGCUUUACUGAAGUUCAUGCGCAAAUCAAUAUGCUAAUUAUUAAGUUAUUAUACGUCUCUAAGCACAAUUUUAGGUAAGGUUGCAAGAAAAAAUAAUAAUAACCCACUUAAAUAUCGUUGUUCUACAUAGGCCUCUAUGGCUAUGUUUAAUUUUGUUGCUAGAAAUGUAAAAGUUAAUGAUAAUACUUUUCAGGGUAACCAGAGGGUGUCCAACUGAUGUUACCACUGUCAGCACGGAUGGUCAUCAAAAGCUAAUAUUAUCGCCAAAUUUUUUACCUGAUUAACAAAUACUAUCAUGUAUGAUUGCGACGAUCAUGAUGCAUUGUAUCUGUGAUAACACUGCGAAAAAUACAAUUACCUCUACUUUCAUAACUAAUGUUAGUAUUCAACGAGUGUAUGACACUAUAAAAAUUAAUUUAAAGUAAGUGUGUGUGUGUAUCCCAGAUUGUGGUUAACGCACUAUGAGUUUUAAAAAAUCUCAAAAGGGUCCAGAUUUCAAUGAAAUAAUCAUAUUCAUAUAAAACUAUGAAAUCUAUAAUUUAAAGGAUCCAAAACAAAAUUCCAGUAUAAUUUAUCAAUUAAAAAUGUACAUUCUUUUUAGUUUUAUUUUUACACUUAGCAGUAGCUUUCAGUUG